CAGCAUUGCUGUAACAGUGGCUACAGGCUGCCGGAAAUGGGAAACUGCAGAAGAAGAACGUAGCCGCCUGUAAGUUUGCUAAUUUACGCGGAAGCAGUAUAGCGUGCUAACUGGCCGCAUUAAUUCAACAAACAGGCACAUUUACCUGCUCUAAAAGCGUUGCCUACACAGCCAACAUGUCUGAUGGCCGGAUCUAUGUGGGGAAUCUUCCCAUGGAUGUCCAGGAGAGAGACAUUGAGGAUCUCUUCUUCAAAUAUGGAAAAAUUCGUGAAAUUGAAUUGAAGAACAAUAGAGGGACUAUCCCUUUUGCCUUCGUCCGAUUUGAAGACCCACGGGAUGCAGAUGAUGCGGUCUAUGGAAGGAAUGGAUAUGGAUAUGGGGAUUCCAAGCUGCGUGUGGAGUAUCCUCGAUCUAAACCUGGCCCAAUGGGAGGUGGUGGAGGUGGACCUAGAGGAAGGUUUGGACCUCCAACUCGAAGAUCUGAAUUCCGGGUCAUAGUGACUGGGCUGCCACCAUCUGGGAGCUGGCAAGAUCUGAAGGAUCACAUGCGUGAAGCAGGAGAUGUUUGCUUUGCAGAUGUGCAGCGUGAUGGAGAAGGUGUAGUGGAAUUUCUCCGUAGAGAGGAUAUGGAGUAUGCGUUGCGCAGAUUGGAUGGGACUGAGUUCCGUUCACAUCAGGGGGAGACUGCUUACAUCCGCGUGUAUGAGGAACGAGGUACUCCCAACUGGGAUCGAUCACGAUCCCGUUCCAGAUCCAGAGGUCGCUAUUCUCCUUACUAUAACAGAAGAUCUCCCCCUGCGCGCUACCAGUCUCCUCCCCGCCAUGCUAUGUCACGGCAUAGCCCACCUCCGAGAAGACACCUUCCGCCACACCACAGCCCACCACCACGUCAUUACCGGUAGAAAGGAGCAUCAUUUAGAAGAAUUGGAUUAAUUUUUUUUGUAAUUCUACAUUAGAUUUUUUUUUUUUUUUUUUUUUUUUUUCCUUUUCUCCUUUUUUCUUUUUUUAAACCUCAGGCCUCCUCGUAGGACACACCAUUAUUAUUUCUUGAUUAAAAACAUUCCAUGGUCAGGAACCCCUGAACAACCUGCUCCUUCCCCAUAGCCUUAAAGAUUUCUUUUGUUUGUUAAACACCCAUGUGUUAUCUGGAAACAGAAUUAUUUUUUAUUUUUUGUGAGAUAACUAUUUGACCAUUGUGUAACAUUGGAGGUUUCUUUUAUAAAGAAAUUUAGGGUUGUAAUUUCAAACAUUCAUAGGAAUCAUUUCACACAAUGUUAUACUGUCAAAGUACACAUUUCUGCAGUCUGCUCCUCCUUGAAUUGACAUAAUUUAAUUUUUUAUGUAUCACAUUUUGGUAGCUUUAAGUUUGAAGGGAUUUUUUUUUUGGCCAAACCAAGAACCCAUAAAGCUAUUCGGUAUCGUAAAAUUAGUGAACCUUUUAACGUAACAUGCUGACUGUGAAAUUCAAUUGUCCUUUAGUUUUUGUUUUGGUUUUUUUGUGUGCGUGUGGGCUGCUGAUUGAGGUGGCCUAUACGUGGACUAUAAUUUGUAUGCAUCUCUAAUGUGGGGGUUUUUCUUUACCAAUAAAAUGCAAACUUUUACUGUGAAA